GUCGCAUUGUUCGUUGUUUAUCCGCAUAUGCUGCAAACAAAAAUAAAGGAUGGAUCACGAGGAUGAGUUUCUUAACGCUUUUUUUACACAAGUCGCUCAAUUAUGCUCCGACAAGGCUAAAGAAACAGUUGAGAAAGAAAGAGAAUCGUGUAAGCAGAUGCAAAUGGGUCCAUGGGGAAUGCUUCUGAUGCAUUUACCACAAAUAGCUGUUGCUGAACGUUCAUAUGCGGAUUUAGGUUUCCUCAACACUAAAAAUAAAGGUUUUCUUAGGAAGGAUAAUUCUUUAAAGACUGUCUAUGAAUCACUGAAGUCUGAUUUGAAAAGAUUAGAGGAAAUGACUAAAGGGACAAAUUUAAUUGGUGCAACAGUUGCAAAUGUUUCUAGUCAGCUCUGCCAAUUCAUCACGGCAAGAAUCCAGCUGAUAGAUUUCUACGAAAGAAUGUACAAUAUGAGUGUAAAUAACAAAGUUAUGAAGCAUCAAGAAUUACUGCAAUGUAUAGAAGGAAUAGUAAAGUGCUAUUUGUUAUCCUGUUCUCAUUUGGCAUUAACUGCUAUCAAGACAAGUUUAACAUUAGAAUGUGAAAUACUAGUACAAUUAAUGAAAGCACAAGUGGAAGUUCAAAACUGGAGAUUUUUACCGACUCUGAUGGCACUUUACGGAGCGCAAACACGAAUGUCAGCUUGGGAAAGAACUUUGCAGAGCAAGGAGUCCUGGAAAUUAGGUUUUGGUGCGACGUUUCUCAAGGCAAAUCAACAACCAGCAUUGUAUCAAUGGCUGAUGAAGCUUCGUGGUGCCAUAUUAGCCAAGUGUUCCCUGUAUUUCCAUACUACUUUAAGCCAACAAGCUAAUCCAGGAGAAAUGAGAAGUAUUAUGAGCAAGCAGAGUAUAGAUUACUAUCAUAAGAUACAGAGUUUUCAGCGAAAGUACGAUAUACUAGCAGUACUAAUAAUCUUUGACUCCAGAGAAACUGAAAAUUCAGGUUCUGGAUACAGACAUCCUGGAAGAGGAGCGAACCCUUUCAAGGAUUUUCCUGUUGUUGUUUGUUGUCCUGGUACAUUCACGCAGAAACCAUCGGUACACUUGGAUAAUAUCCAGACCAAGAUAAAGGAACGGCAAGCCGAAUUGCUUGCCAUGGACAAAGUGAUUUACCAUAAAAGCAUGAAGGAUUCAUGUACAUAUUCUUUCCACAACACCGAUCCUACAAUGACUCUCGUGAUUGUAUUUGAAAAUGGAAAACAAAAGGAUAAAGAAACUCAUAUCACAUCGUUUAUAAUGGACCUCUCUAUGCAAAUUAGAUGCAAUAAGGUUUAUGAAUGCCUUAAAUUAUCAAAAUAA